AUGGGUUCUUCCGACUCUCCCUACCAGUGACACCUGGGCCACUGCUGUUAGAUAAUUUAAUAAGUCAGUCUGAAGUGAUUGCAAAAUAUCAAGAGACAAUAUGAGCUGUCUGGAUGACGUACCUUUUAAAAUGUCCAAGAGCUUUGAAGAUGACUCUGCUGAAGGCACCAACUUAAUCAGUUUAGCCGACUUUGAUAUUCCUGACUGCACUGAGAUCCUAAUGUGCACAAUGCAUGAUUUCUCAUUAGAAAAAAAGGUGCUUUACUGGAUUGAGGCUGCUUCUGGGCAAGAAACUCCCUGGUAUGAAGUUACUACUGACGUUGUGCCAACAGCUCCACCUUGCUGGCUGCUUUUGAUUGAUCCUAAAGAAAACGAUGUCAUCAAUACACAAAACGAGGAAACAACUAGUGGGAAAGCAAAGGAUAGUGUGACACACACAGCCUCUGUUCGGAGAUGUGUAAGUCUAAGUGCUGCUGAUCUGAAAUAUGGCCCUCCUCUGCUCAGAGGUGCAUCAUCUGAGAUGGAAAGUGAGGACUGGUACUCUGAAAAGAAUGAGUAUUCUGAGGACGAUGAGUAUUCCUCUACUACUGGUGAAGAAAGCAACAAAGAAGAAGAAAACAUUUUGGACAACAAAUUUGUUGAAAGCAUCAUGCCUCAGUAUUCCCAAGUUCACCAGUUUAGGCCAAGGACUUCUCCAGUAUUGCUAGAUCCACCUUCUGAAAACUGCUGCUACGAGCCAGUUACCACAAAUCUGAUCAAGCAGAGAAGAUCCAUGAUUUUAUUUAAUAAUAUGAAGAAUGAGUUGGAAGAAGCCAAAAAGAAGUUAACUGCUCUAGUGCAUCCUUUAAAUAGAUCGUCUGUUGAAAGGAAACUGGCUCCAAGACCCUUUUCUCUUUACCAGCGCUCUCGAAGUAGCAGAAAUCUUAGAUAUGGACCUGCCUCGGAUGUAUCCUUCAUGGGAACUUUAACCCCAACACCUCCACCUACCCCUUGCUGCAGUCCCAGGACACCUGCUGCUGCUAGAUCAAUACCUCCAAUAAGAAACCAUAAACCCACCGUUGCGUCCCUCAGCCCCUAUUCCUGCCUUCCACCCCCUUCUGCGGCUCUGCAACAUCCAAGUUCCCACAGAACUCAUCCAGAUUCAACAGCUGACCUCCUCUCGGCAUUAAGCCAAGAGGAACGUGACCUUAUUGAGCCAGUUAUAGCCUUGGGUUAUCCGAUACGCAGAGCAAUCCUCGCCCUCCAGAAGACUGGAAGACAAAGUUUAGGUCAGUUUCUCAGUUACCUUAGUGCCUGCGACAGGUUGCUGAAACAGGGCUACGAAGAGGGGCAGGUGGAAGAGGCAAUGGAAAUGUUCCAGUACGCGGAAAAGAAGGCAGCUGAAUUCCUGCAUCUUUUAGUGCAAUUUAAGGAUAUGGGUUUCCAGCAAGCUGAAAUCAAAGAGGUUCUUCUGCUUUAUGAGAAUCACAGAGAUAAGGCACUAGAAGAGCUGAUGACACGAACACAAUGACCAAAUCUCUGGAAUUUCCAUGAAAUUUGGAAGAGAACUGAAGGAAUGAUUCUGCUCUGUGACCAAUUGAAGGAAGUGUGGAGAAGUGGCACAGUUCCAGAAGGUGGGAAGCAGUGGCUCAAAUAAUCAAGUUAAUGCACAGUCUUCAAGAUCUGGAAAAUUUGGAUGUAGGUUUUUUUCUGGUGUAACUGACAUACAAAGAAUGUAACUGAUCCAAAUCA